AUAUUUCAGAAUAAAUGAACGCUUUCACAUGUUCGAAAAUGAUAUUUUUCGGUUUUUUUUAAUCACAACUUCGCCAUUUGUGGAGCUACAAACAACUUUGAAAGGGAAAAUUAAUCAUCAUAAAAUUCUGCAUAACUUUGCCGAUCUAGGCGACUUCACUUCCUAUCCCUCAAGUAGCAAACCUUCCACAAUGCUUGCAAUGUUGUCAAAUGUUUUAAUCAUAGGCCGAGGAAAUUAGACAACCCAGCAAAGCAGUCCGCCAGUGAUGCUAUUUGUUUGAAUUCGUUUAUUCUGGUUUAAAUUUUGAAUGUAUUUUCAAAAAGGAGAUUGAAAAAUCCGAAAUGAGUUACCGGGAGGUAAUUCCUGAUCAGAGCACCCUUGAUGGUGGUAGAGAAAUAACUUUAAACACAGGAGGCACCCAAAGCACACUGCAAGAUAUUAAAGUUUCAGAAAAGGCAAACGGGUACUGCUAUAGACCAUUCGCGAAACACACCAGAAACAGAUUUAUCUAUUGGAGAAUCAAUCGCGAUGUCUUGGAGUUAACCGAGCAAAGUCUGGAUGUAAACCUAACCGGAAACAAAAUCAAGUACAGGUUUAUAGACACACCGAUACUCGACGGAAUUACAAUUUACGAAACUCCGGAGAACGUUAUAAUAUUGGUGCCUACGGUUUGCAGCGUGCACAGAUUGAUUUUUCUGCAUCCUGAUUUAUUGCAGGGACAUGCCGAAAGCUCAGGGUUUCAUCCAGAUUUAACAAUACCGUCUAUUUUUGCCGAAACCCCUUCGUCACGUAGCCAAGAUUCUGGACUGUUUAAUGUCUUCACAAAUCCGAAUGCAUCGAAUUCAGAACUACCACAAGUAGCUACAUCAUUGUUAACUGCUACUAAAGAAGCGAUAUUUUCAUUCAGUUAUCCGUCUGGAGAAACAUUGUUGGUUACACAAAGUGCAAACGGUAGUUGUGUUACAAUUGAGCUCAAACACGAAAGCUUUGUCCCGCGUUUUAUAUUUGGCAUAGCAGAAAAGUUAUGGUCUAAAACACAUGCCGAUAAUGUAGUCGUGAGUAUGUUGCUGCACACGUUUGGUAACGAUACAUAUGCUUUGACAUUAUGCAAAGAUGGAAAUCUACGAGUUUGGUGUUGUGUAAAGGGCACUUGCAUAGCCGUUCACAAUAUUGUGUCCGAGAGUUACGCCGGGGAAAAUAGUUUCGUUAACGGAACCCACAAUCACGUCCUUAGAAAAACCGAGGGCCAAUCUAGAUUCGAACUAACCCUAGUCGUCUUUAUGAAUUUAUCCGCGGAACGCGAGUUUCGCGUUUUUUCGGUAUAUAUAAAUUCGGGCCAAUUCAAAAUCGCGAAAAGAAAUACUUUGUAUUCUCCUGGUCAAAAUUUGGUGGAUUUCAAUUUAUCUUCGAAUCAAAUAUGGUCUAUGUGGAGAAGCGAAGAUGGGGAAAUUUCGGUGUAUUGCGCCCCGUUAGUGACCAACAGUAGUAAAGGAACUUAUUGGAUUCCGGCCAUGUUGGAACCGGUGCCAGAUGCAAACUUUGUACCCGAUAUGGAUUCCUUCGAUCCUCGCCAAGCGUAUUUGAAUCACAUAUUUUAUCCUUCUCGUUUUCCGCUGCACAUAAUAAGUAAAGCGCUAAGUAUUUAUAAACCUACACCAAUUUUGAGCGAUGUAAACUUGUCGACGAGUAUUCUGAAACAGCGCGUUUGUUUGGCAGUUGAGGGCGAAAUAGUGAAUGAAUUAAAAGAAGGUGAAGUGAAUGAUGAAGAUUAUUUGGAAUGCGCGUACAGAUGUUGGGCCAAGUUUUAUUCAUGCUGCGUGCAGUACCACUACGUUGCAGGUCUUCAACCGCUUGGUUUGCUGUUGUUACCCUCUGCAUCGGGAGUUGUGCUGUUGAAGAAAUCAAUGUAUUCGUUCCUAAGACCGCACGAUGCCUUAGAGCACAUGAUGUUGUGUUCGGAUUAUGCGACAGUUGACGAUUUUGUCAACCACCCGUUAUUGUCGAGAGAUAGAGACGUAACUGAGGAUGUUUUGAAAUUGAUGUCGGUCGUUGUGUAUAUGGAAACUCAACUUAGCGACUCUUUCGCUUAUACUUUUGAAAGAGAACUAUCACAAUUGCGAUCACCGGAUGUUAUUGUGUCGGAAUUAAUCACAGAAAUUAUGACCGAACUUGAACCUUUAUUGCAAAAGCUGAACGAUUGCAAGGACAUUUACCAGGCAAUGCAUAAACUCUUAGAACUGCUACGGAUAGAGACUCCAGAUGAUUUGGAUAACGAAGUUGGAGAAGGUCUUCAGACGCUAAAUUAUCUUUUUAGUUCUCAUUUAGGCGUGUCGUUAGUUACUAAGUGCAUACACCAACAAGCUGUUGUUAGGUUUACGAUAUGCAGAAAUCUGCUAGUGAUCCAAAAAAUGCUACUACUGUGCGGUAAAUACGAUGGUAAUGCUCUCGAAGCUAUCCGCACAGUGUGCUUGCCCGAAAUAGUAAUAUUAACACGAGUCAGUUACGUGAUGCUGUACUUAACCGAGUUAAUAUCGUUACCUGUGUUACGAUCGGAAUCGACGGCGGUGCUGUUAUCGUCUCUCAAACUGAAUCCGGUAUUCAAUUUGAAAAUUCAUAAUCACCAGACGGUAACGCUCCUGAAUCUAUUUAUCACGUCGACUGGAGGUUUCGAAGCACACAAGAUGCUUGCAAAGUUAGGGCUUGAUGAGGAGAUUACGAUCGAUUGGAACAUUUCGCUGUUGCUGUACACUCAUCUUGUUAAUCAGUUACUUUGGCCACUUAGCGGAGAUGCUGCUUUUCCAGAGUGGCUUUUAACAAGCGGCCAACACAUCUGGCUCCAACAGUACUGGCGAUUGUUAAAGGAAUGGUGCGAAUGCAAUAACUGCACAAGAACAUUUUUGUUGGCCGUAUCGUUUCUUAGUACAGGCGAACAUCAUAAAGCGGAAUGUCUUUUUGUUAACGCCGCGAAUGGAAUCUUUAAGGACAAGUUUCUUAUGGACCGAAUUCUUACUAUUCCAGGAUCGGAAGAUAAGAAAGCUGAUGUUAAUUAUUACUUGAAGGUUAUUCAACUAUUCAAUUUAUAUGGCGCAAGAGACUGUGCGAUUAAUAUCGCUAACAUCGCGCUCAGUAUUGCCGAUCACUCAGAUCCGCAUGUUGCAACGUUGUACUCGAUCAAAUUUAAACACCACCUGGCUUUAAAGCACUAUGACGAAGCGUACAAUUCGAUUAACAUCAAUCCGGAUGAAGAACGAAAGAAAGACAACAUAAGAGAUUUAAUAAAAACAUUGUUCGACCGCAGAGAGUUGGAUCGAUUGCUAGUAUAUUCGGAUGUCGGUUUGGAUUUGCACUUUUAUAAGAUCAUCAUAGGACACGCCCGUUCUGCAGAUCCUAUGGACAAUUUAUAUUACGAUUUUCUGUACGCCUUCUUCAUUACACGGGGCACACCUCAAAUGCGCAUGGCCGCGACGGUUAUGUACGAGCAAGCGUUCCGCCUGCAACAAUACAAUACUGUCGAAGCUCUCGAGAAGCAAGUUAAGUCGUACCUUGCCUGUAUUAACGUGCUACAUUUAACGCCGCAGAAUGUUUCGCCAGUGUUACGACCGACUGAUCCAGAUGCGCCGCUGGAGCGCAUACAAUUACCAGCUUCUUUUGAUGAUGAUACUGAGGUUAUCUCACUUAAACCCAAUUUGGACGUGGUUUACAUAUCGGACGUAAAGAAAGAGUUGGAGCUGGCCAGUGCACGUUUGAGACUGUUACGAUAUAAUCCAGACAGUCUAGCCAACAAUUUAACGACCCCUACGGAAGUGGUGAGUUUCUUAUGCGCCGCCGGCAUCUUUAAGUACGCCUUGUUGUUAUGCAAAACCUUUGGUUUAAAAUACGAUGUCGUUUUCGACGCCCUCACGAAGCAAUGCAUUUAUUUAUCACGUACCGAAAAUCCAAAAGCGUGGAAUUGGCUCAUUGAGAAUGACUUGCACGAUUUAAAUAUAGUAGGAAGUUUUCCGUCUACCGUCGCUUGGAAUUUACUACAAAUGUAUUUGGAAGAGUACGAGGAAGAGAAUUCGUCUGCACUUCAUAAAGUGAUAUGCAAUCGCAUAAUUCAAUUGAAUUCGUUUAUACCACAAUGGAUUUUGAGCUCUUAUAAGAUUCGAAAUGCAUCUGAAUUGUUCAGGCUAUAUUUUAAUAAUGGAUUAGUGGAUGAUGCCGUGACAAUCGCAUCCGAGUAUCUUUUGGCAGCUCUUGGACACGGCAAGGAGUAUUACGGUUUUAGUCAUGCACUGUCGCCGGUUUCACCACAGUUUAACCUGCCGCUGUUCUUGAUACAGAAACUUCUUAAGGAAUUGGCCCUGCAAAAUGAAGAAAAUCCAGCGAAGCCAUUCGAAAAAGAAUAUGAGAAUCUUAGCGGCCUGUUGAAAGAUUAUUUGAAUACGGCACAGAGAGUGUCUAGAGAAAUGGUACAAAUAAAACUGAAACGUGCAGAGCUACCGUCAUGUGUUACAGUUGCAUUAUAAAUAAUUGUCAUUAUUUUUAAAUUAAAUAUUUUUUACCUUUU